AUCAGUCCAGUUUAAAUUAGUUCUAUAUACAAACUACGGCACAUCAGGAAGAAAGAAAAUAUAUUUGGACGAUUAGACUGCCCCUCUGGAUAUACUAGGGGACGUUUGGCAAAAGGAACCAAGAAGAAGUCGGAGAACGUAAUUACUAACGUAGGCUUGUACUUGUGUGCUGUUGUUCAGUGGACCUACAGGCUCCAUCCAUACUGUGGCGAAUCAGUUUUUAACUGCGCAUAGAUGCCUACGCUGAAUGUUGUCAAGGAGGGCAUACAUUGUUUGAAUGAAGGGAUACUAUUUUUGUUUUGAUGGCAGGCCAACCGCAAUAAGCACUGUAAUACCCGCAAUGGAAAAAUGUUCAUGGCAUCGUUCUUUCACGUGAAGAGCCUUGCGCACUGCAGUAAAAGCAAGGCUGUGUUAUCUUAUUUUGGAUUGCGAAUUGGAUUGGGAUAUCGAAUAUGUGUUACCUAACCCACUGGACACACACUAGUUGAAUCAACGUUGUUUCCAUGCAAUUUCAAUGAAAUUACGUUGAACCAAGCUGUAGUACGCGGUGAAUUAACGUCUAUGCCCAGUGAAAACGAUUUAACAUUCGAUUCGAGUACCAAUUCCCACCAGAGAUAUUCAAUAACCAUAUAUCUUUGCCUAUUGUAAAUGUAAUAAGUUUUCGCCCAGUGGUCAGAGCCACUCACUCCUAGGUUACAGAUGAGAGGGAAACAAUACCAUCGACAACUGAAGUUGACAGCGCCUUGGGAGAAUGAUGCUGGCUACGGGAGAAAGCUCAGAACGCACAGGAAUCAUACCAAGAUAAUAGCUCAGCCCGGGAUCGUGAUGAAGGUGCUACGUAGAAAGCGGAUUGUGUUGUUUAUAGCCUAUUUCUUGCUGCUAGUGCUGACCAUGCUGAACUUGGCCAAUUACAAAUGGACUAAAGUGCCCCAGCAGUGCAAUCACCAGAUGAGGAGCGCUUCUUAUCAAGCCAGGUCAGACAUUCGGUUCCUCUACAGACCCUAUCUGGCUAAGAAGAGACAGUUGGUCUAUGUUCUGACCACAUGGAGGUCUGGGUCCUCCUUUUUUGGGGAGCUGUUUAACCAACAUCCUGAAGUGUUCUUCCUCUAUGAACCCAUGUGGCACAUUUGGCAGAAGCUGUACCCGGGAGACGCUGUGUCUUUGCAAGGAGCAGCCAGGGACAUGCUCAGCUCUUUAUACCGCUGUGAUCUCUCUGUGUUCCAGCUGUACAACAGCCCAGGUGGAAAGAACUUUACCUCCCUAGGACUCUUUGGGGCGUCCCUGAAUAAGGUGGUGUGCUCCUACCCUCUGUGCUCCGCCUACAGGAAAGAGGUGGUGGGGAUGGUGGACGAUAAGGUGUGUAAAAAGUGUCCCCCUCAGAGCCUUAGACUACUGGAGGAGGAGUGCCUCAAGUACAGCACUAUCGUUAUUAAAGGGGUGCGUAUCCUGGACGUGAACGUUCUAGCCCCCCUCAUGGAGGACCCGUCGCUGGACGUGAAGGUCGUUCACCUGGUCAGGGACCCCCGGGCCGUGGCCAACUCCAGGAUCAAGUCCCGACACGGGCUGAUCCGGGAGAACCUGCAGGUGGUCCGCAGCAGGGACCCUAAGCUCCGCAGGAUCCCCUUCGUCGACCCCAACCACAAAGCCAACAAGAAGGACGGCUCAGACUACCACUCCAUCGGAGCCAUGGAGGUGAUCUGUGACCGCACCUCACGGAGCCUGAGGACGGCCUUAAACCCUCCCAGUUGGCUCAAAGGGAAGUACAUGGCCGUGCGCUAUGAGGACCUGGUGGAGAACCCUGUGAAGAUCCUGAGGAACAUCUACCGCUUCGCCAACCUCACCGCCAACCACGACAUUGAGUCGUUUGCUCUGAACAUGACAGGUGGGUCUAGUUCGUCCUCCAAGCCGUUCAUAGUGUCCUCCAGGAACGCCACUCAGGCUGCCAGCGCAUGGAGAACAGUGCUCAGCAUCCAGCAGAUCAAACAGGUGGAGGACUACUGUCAUCACUCCAUGGUUGUCCUGGGUUACGACAGAGUCAGGACGGCCGGGGAGGCCAAGGACCUCAGGAAGUCUUUACUCACGGUCUCCAAACUGUGACAGAAAAAACACAUUCUUUUUUUUUUUUUCCCUUUUCCACCAAAGACUGAAUUUAAUGUACAUUUUGCAUCUAGUGCCGUUCAGUUAAUUGUGGAAAUUAAAACGCUUUGAAUCAUUGUUUUUUGAGGAAAUCUACUUUUUUUUGGGCACAUUGGAAUGUAUCUUAUUUGUAUUUUUCAGUUAAGUUGCAGACAGUUGUAUUUGACAGGACCACUACUUGUCAGUUUGGACAACUGGAUGUUAUUGACAAAUCAAGAAGAACUAUGAACAAUGACUUGAAUAUUGAAACUACAACUACGGAAACAAACAGUGUAUGAUUCGUAUAUAUUGUUAAGAAAACACUUCAAACAUUUUAUUUUAAAUGUUCCUUUAAUCUGAGAAAAUACUUGGUUUUCCAGUAUCCAUACUGUCUGUAAAAGUGAGAGAAAAAAAUUGCACAAAAAAUAGAAGCAUUAAUACAUAAAAAAAAUUAAUUGUUU